AUGUUUAUUUAUUAUUUUUUAACUAUAACUCUAGCAGCAUUUCCAAAUGCAAAUCUAUCUAUUGGUCCAUUAUUAUAAUCGGAAGCUGAUGAUCAAGAUUUAGACUAAAUUGUUUAUGUAAAUGGAAAAGUACAUGAAAAUUUUAAUUAUGCAUCAUUUCCAUCCUUAUCUUGUUGUCCAAAUAACGUAACCAAAUUUAGAGUGAUGAACCUAAAUAAACAAGGGUCAAAUAUAUAACGAUUUAAUCUUCCAUUUUAUAUUGAGAAUCUUGGUAAAGAACCUUUGUAUAUUAAAUGGUUUAAUAUUACAGAAGAGCUUUCAGAUUAAGAUAUUUAAAUAUAAGUUAAUUAUCCAAAAGAUUAACCAAUUAUAUUUGGUUUUGAUAAUUAUCUAGAGAUAAAUAUUACUCAUUUCUGCUGGAAAAACCUUGAUAAUGAUAGAUAUUGGAGUAUAAAACGAGGUAUUUUACAAUUUGAAGGAUUUGAUCCUGUGAUUUUUAAUUAUUAAUUUUUAUGUGGAAAAGAUUACUACCCUGUAAGGUAUUAAUAUUAUUAAAUUAGAUUUGAUUGGAGUAAUAUUAUUCUGAUAUUUUUUGAAAGUGUUUUGAUUUUGGUUUUAUCAAUGUUUGGAAAGAUUUAUGUUUUUAAAGUUGUUUUCAUAACAAAAAAACUAAAAAAAGAAUUACCUUAAGAGAAAUUGGAGAAAAUUGCAUAAGAAUGUUCUCCAUUUUAAGGUUUUUAAUUAUCUUGGCAUUAAGCAUUAUUCUAUAUAAUUCUUUUAUUGGGAGCUUUGUUCAUAUCAUUAUAAUUAUAAGAAAAGGCUGAAAGACCUUUGUAAGUUUUAGUCUAUAUUCUUUGCAUUAUUUGUACUAUCCACUUUAUUGAUGAAUUGUUUUGUGCAUUUCGAAAAUAAGUUCCAUUUUUUGUAAAACUGAUAUAUUAUAUCAGAUAUUGUGAUAUUUUUUCUUUAAUUUUGGGUAUUGGAUUGUUUUCUGUUUAUUUAGGUACAGAAUAAAUUUGGAUUGUAAAUAAAUUAUUUAAUUUAGUUAAGCAAUUUAAUAUCUAUUUGCAUUCUUGGUUCACUUAUUAAAUUGUUGAAGAUUACUUCUCUCAAAAAUUGUUUGUUAUUUUUCUUACCAAUUAUGGCUAUGGAUAUAUUUUGUUCAAUUUAUUUAGGAAUGAAUAUCAGAUAUGAAUGGGAUAGUUUGGUUCUAAGAUAUUUUAAUACACCAUUCUCUGCUUAAAUUCCAUAUUUUAGAUUUAUUUACAAAAAGAAAUGUGCAUGGGUUUCGAUAUUUAAUAUUCUAUUUCCAGGUUAAAAUUUCAUAAAUAAUAGGUUUCUUUCUUGGUUAUGUUCAUCGAUUUGAUAUUUUAAAAAAAACAUUAGNUAUAACGAUUUAAUCUUCCAUUUUAUAUUGAGAAUCUUGGUAAAGAACCUUUGUAUAUUAAAUGGUUUAAUAUUACAGAAGAGCUUUCAGAUUAAGAUAUUUAAAUAUAAGUUAAUUAUCCAAAAGAUUAACCAAUUAUAUUUGGUUUUGAUAAUUAUCUAGAGAUAAAUAUUACUCAUUUCUGCUGGAAAAACCUUGAUAAUGAUAGAUAUUGGAGUAUAAAACGAGGUAUUUUACAAUUUGAAGGAUUUGAUCCUGUGAUUUUUAAUUAUUAAUUUUUAUGUGGAAAAGAUUACUACCCUGUAAGGUAUUAAUAUUAUUAAAUUAGAUUUGAUUGGAGUAAUAUUAUUCUGAUAUUUUUUGAAAGUGUUUUGAUUUUGGUUUUAUCAAUGUUUGGAAAGAUUUAUGUUUUUAAAGUUGUUUUCAUAACAAAAAAACUAAAAAAAGAAUUACCUUAAGAGAAAUUGGAGAAAAUUGCAUAAGAAUGUUCUCCAUUUUAAGGUUUUUAAUUAUCUUGGCAUUAAGCAUUAUUCUAUAUAAUUCUUUUAUUGGGAGCUUUGUUCAUAUCAUUAUAAUUAUAAGAAAAGGCUGAAAGACCUUUGUAAGUUUUAGUCUAUAUUCUUUGCAUUAUUUGUACUAUCCACUUUAUUGAUGAAUUGUUUUGUGCAUUUCGAAAAUAAGUUCCAUUUUUUGUAAAACUGAUAUAUUAUAUCAGAUAUUGUGAUAUUUUUUCUUUAAUUUUGGGUAUUGGAUUGUUUUCUGUUUAUUUAGGUACAGAAUAAAUUUGGAUUGUAAAUAAAUUAUUUAAUUUAGUUAAGCAAUUUAAUAUCUAUUUGCAUUCUUGGUUCACUUAUUAAAUUGUUGAAGAUUACUUCUCUCAAAAAUUGUUUGUUAUUUUUCUUACCAAUUAUGGCUAUGGAUAUAUUUUGUUCAAUUUAUUUAGGAAUGAAUAUCAGAUAUGAAUGGGAUAGUUUGGUUCUAAGAUAUUUUAAUACACCAUUCUCUGCUUAAAUUCCAUAUUUUAGAUUUAUUUACAAAAAGAAAUGUGCAUGGGUUUCGAUAUUUAAUAUUCUAUUUCCAGGUUAAAAUUUCAUAAAUAAUAGGUUUCUUUCUUGGUUAUGUUCAUCGAUUUGAUAUUUUAAAAAAAACAUUAGUAUAUGAGAUAGUAAGUUUUUUUGGUCUCUUAAUUGGUUUGGUUCUCUGGGUUAUUGUGUAAUUCUUAAUAUCAUUCCCUUUACCAACGUAAUUUAUAUUUACUUACUAAUAGAUCAAUAUUUACAUAAGUUUUAAUGGUUUCGACAUGUACAAUUAUUGCUUUUACAAGAAAUGAAUUAAAUUUAUUUUGGACAGGAAAUUUUUAUGAUGAAAUUUUACUUGAUCCAUUUAAAAAUGAAUUAGAUAAAAAAUCAAUUAAACUAAUUAGCUUUUUUAAUUUAGGAGUGUCUUAAGAUUUAAAAAAAAUGUAUGCAUUAAAUUCAGGGGUAGAAAAAACAGCUAAUGUGUAUGAACCAUUUGAAUUAGUUAAAGCAGAUAAGGAAGGAGAUUUAAAAUUAGAUUCUAUCUUAUUUGAAGGAUUAUAAUCAUAUUAAGAUAAAUGUUUAUCACCUAAUCAUUCAUUUAGAAAGAAAGAAUAAAAUGAUAUUAAUAAAUAAUAAAACAUGAUUGAAAAUUAAAAACAAUAAGAAAUUCAAACUGACUUUAAAGAAAAUAAAGUUACUUCUACUGAUGAUUCUGUAAUUUAAAAUAAAUCAAACCUUCAUGAUUAAAAAAUUCAGCAUCUCAUAAAUGAUUAAAAUAAAAUAGAAUUUGAUCUUAAAAUAAACUAGUAUAAUUUGAAUGAGCAAGUUUAAUAAAAUAUUCAUAAUAACAAUUAAAUCAAUUAACAAGAAGAUCCAUAUAAAAUAAUUCUUAAAUAAAAUUGUGAAUUUAAAUCUUCUGCUGAUAUUCAAAAAUAACAAUCUUUAGAAAAAGUUAAGAUCACUUAAAUUGAAAACAAAAUAAAAGAAGAAAUCAUCAUAGGUACUACAAAAUUUGAAUCUAAUAAGAAGGAAUAUAAUAAAUAAUCAGUAAAAAACGAGAUCUAAAUAGAAUUCACUGAUUAUUAAAAAAUUUCAUAAUGUAUUUAAAACUAAGAUAGUAAUCCAUAAAAUAAAGUUAAUUAAGUUUAGGAAAAAUAAAAUCUAUAAUUAAAUAAGCAAGCUUACAGUCCUUUAACUAUAUAAAAAUAUUAAGUUAACCCUCAGAAAGUAAAAGAACCAGAAGUUGAUCGUUUUAAAUAAAAGUAAUAACAAAGGUAAUAGAAUGAUAAUUUUAGAAGAAACUUAGAGCUUUUCCAGAACCAAGAAAAAGUAGGUAAUUUUAAGACCCCUUUAAAAAAAUGAACAUAUUUUGUUAUAUUAAAAUAAACAGACUUUUUAUUCUAAAUAUCAUAAUCUUAAGUUGAUGUAUAAGACAACACAGAACUACUCAUAUGCAGGUAAUUAUCUAAAAAUGAAAUAUAGACUUGCUAAGUAAAUAAGGAAUUUCAGAUAAUAGCAGAUUCGGAAUAGUAUUUGAUAAAGAAAACUCCUAUGCUCUAUUAUAGAGAAAAAAAUAGCUUUAAAAUAGGGAGAACAGUAGCUCAAGUCAAUAAAAAAAUGAAAAUCGUUCAAAUAGUGGGUUAUAGAAAUCUGCAUCGCUUUAAUAAUUCUAUCGUGCUUCAUCAGCUGUUGAGAAAAAUUCAUAUUAAAAUUAUAAAGGAAAUCAAUAACAAAUCAAGGAGAUGAAGAAUUUUUCAUAUCUCACUUUACUUUAAUAAAGUGGCUAUAAAUUACGACAUACAUAGAUAAAAUCCACAAAAGAAUAAAAUAGCAAAGGAAUUGAGUUUUUAUCAAAUGAAUAAUAAAAAUAAAGACCUAUUGAAAGUUAAGCUUAUAAGAGAUUGAAUGAGAAAUUAGAGUAUCUAGAAAAAAAGUUUAAUUAAUUAAAAGAUUCAUUGAUUAAUGUAAGUGAAAACUAAUAAGACAAAAAAACAGAUAGAAUAAAAUAGAAACAGAAUUCUUUGGUAUCAAAAUAUUUUCCUAAAAAAGUAAUAGAAUAAUAGAAUGAAAAGAAUAAUAGUUAAGAUGAAAGAAAAGUCAAUAAAGAUAUUAAUUAAAUAUUUAAUCUUUAUUCACAAAUUAAAGAAAUGAAAAGUCAUACUUAAAAUUAAUCUUAAAAUUAAUAAUUAUUGAAAUAAUCUCAAGACAAAAAGAAUAGCUAAUUAUAGGAUUUUGUGACUUAGAUAAAAAGGAAUUUAAAUAAAAAUUCUUAGGUAUUGAAAGGAUCUUAUGUUCAUUAAACAGAUACAAAUUUAAAUAAAUCAGAAAGAUAAUCAUCAAUGGAUGCUAAAUAUUGUUAUCUCAAUAAAAUGAGUGAAACAUAACCUAAUGAGCCUGUAAGAAAUUUAAUUAAAUUAGUUCUUGUAUUAUAUUUCUACUGUAAUUUAAGCUGUAAAAAGUAAGAAACCUACACAGCUUGAUGAACUCAUCAAAGAUCAUUUAUUACAAACAUAUCAAGUGAAUAUAGUAUUGAUUAAUUUAGGGAUUAAUAUAUGCAAGUAAACUAGAAAUAUAAUUUAAUACAGACAACAUUAUUAAAUUGCCAAGAUCUAAUAAUCUUAAAACAAUAGUAUUUGAUUUAGAUGAGACUUUGAUACAUUGCAAUUCAAAUAUUUCAAUUUAAGGAGAUGUAAUCUUACCAAUAACUUUUCCAAAUGGUGAAACAGUUUAAGCUUCGAUCAAUAUUCGACCUUAUGCUAGAUAAAUUCUGUAAACACUCUCAAAACAUUUUGAAAUUAUUGUUUUUACAGCUUCUCACUCUAGUUAUGCCAAUAUUGUAAUUGAUUAUUUGGAUCCAAAAAAGUAAUGGAUUUCACACAGAUUUUUUAGAGAAAAUUGUCUCUAAACUCAAGAAGGAGCUUACAUUAAAGAUUUAAGGUAAAUUUGAAUUAUUUUUAGAGUACUAGGAAAUCGAAAAUUAUCCAAUGUCUUAUUAAUAGAUAAUGCUUCUUAUUCAUUUAGUAAACAAAUUGAUAAUGGCAUUCCAAUAAUUGCCUAUUAUGAUAAUAAGGACGAUUUAGUAUUAUUAAUAAAUAAUUUAUAUAGGAAUUAUUACAUUUAGAAAAUUAUUUAUUAAAUUUCAGACAUGUUAAAGAUGUUAGAGAUUUAAAUUAAAAAUAAUUAAAAUUAAAAUAGUUUUUAGAUUAUAGCGAUAUUGAUGAUUUGUAAAAUAAUUUAUAUGCUAUGUACUUUUGA